GUCGCCAUGGCAACAAACAAGCAUCAUGGCGCUGGACAGGAAACUCGCUGAGAUCUUCGCAAUUUUCCAGGAUAAAGAUAAGAACACCGUACAUGUCAAGGAUUUGUCCACUAUCCUGCGAGCUCUCGGGCUGGUGCCGAGCGAGGCGGAGGCAGCGAAGGCCGUACAGGCGAUGGUUGGCGAGGAGGCCGCUGACGCCGUACAUCUGGCAGCCUUCCUCACCGGCGCCAAGAACCUCGUGCUGGAACGCAAGUUCUCGGGAUGCAGUAAGGGCGAACUGGUCGCUGCUUUGGAGGUUCUGGCGCGUGAAGGACGCAGCCACCUGCAGCAGGUGCUGCAGCAGCAGCAGCUGGUCGUCGAACCUGAGAGCGGAGUGCCCAGCUACGGUGGCGACGGCAUCACCAAAAUUUUACCGACGGGGGCGCUGUCGAGGUCGGUGCUGGUGUCGCUGCUGUCGAUGCAAGGCGAGCCGCUGGGGGUCGCCGAGUGCGAGGAGCUGCUAGCGUCUCUGCCGCGUCAGGAAGGAGUGGACGGGGCGGUGGACAUCGAGCUGUACGCCGCUAUGCUUGUUCCUGUGUCGCCCUUCUUGUAG